UCGCAGUCGCACCCUCCCUCAACAGCUCCUACCACUUUACAAAGGUAAUUAAUUGAAAGGCCAUUCAUUCAUACUCAGAUUCUCAUUUUAGUGUUUUGUUCAUGGUUAUGUGUUUUUGCGAUUCUGCUAAUCAUCAUCCAGGUACAAGUGAAGCAGAAUGAGCUGCAAUGGCUGCCGAGUGCUGCGAAAAGGCUGCAGUGAGUCGUGCGUGCUGAGGCCAUGCCUUGAAUGGAUCAACACUGCACAAUCUCAGGCAAAUGCCACUGCUUUUCUCGCAAAAUUCUACGGUCGAACGGGUCUAAUCAACCUCAUUAGCAACGGCCCUCAAUCUUCAGGGCCAGCUUUAUUCAGGUCUCUCCUUUAUGAAGCCUGUGGGAGGAUAUUGAAUCCCAUCUAUGGAUCAGUGGGUCUGCUUUGGUCUGGCAAUUGGGAAGUAUGCCAGGCAGGAGUGGAGAGUAUCCUGCAGGGAAACAUUCCAAAUCCACUCAUUCCCUGUGAUGAGAGAAACGAGGAGCACCAAAUAUUGAACGGGAGAGCGAUGCACAGCACAGCCAGCGGACUGCACAAAGUGAAGGCAAGCUGCAAGUUUAAGUGUGUUAAUCCAAGAAGAAAACCCAAAUCACAAGAAGCUCAAUUUCUCAAUCAAAUCCAAACUUCAAGUGGUCAAAUGGAAAGUGGAGGUAUUGAUAUAAUCAAAAUGCUCCAUGGCAAGGAGAAAUGCUGUUCCUCAUCUAUGGCGUCCCAACAGCCAGAUGAUUUGGGUGGUGAAAUGAAUUACAAUACAUUAAAGAGUGAAAUGAAUUACAAUACAUUUCACUCUUUCAACCCAAAAGUUGAAGCUUUGUAUAUGCAGAAUAGUGAAGUGAAAGUGGAGGUGGAACUGGAGCUCACAUUGGGAGCUCAAAGAACCAGUUUUCCUCACAAAUUUGUAGACUAAAUGCAGAAUAUGGCUUAGGUACAGAACAUCUCGCAGUAUAUGAGAUGAAAUGAGGCACUACAAGAUCAACAUGUAGUGCACAGAGCUUCAACCAUUCCAAUGUGGAAUCAAAGAAACUGUCGGAGCUUCCCAGAAAAAAGGGGCCUAGAUUCUAGGCUUUUGCAGUACCUAGUGAUCGAUAUUGUUUGAAACAGAUAACCACUGGCCAAAACUUUUGGGAUUCCUCUCUAUAAAAUAUGUUUUAAUGAUUAAA